GGUCCCCCAGCUGCCCCAACUGCUUGACUCUCCCAGGAGUCCAGGGGGCAUAGCUUCCUCCUCUCUCAGAGACCCGGGGAUCUGCAUCACCAGGCUGUUCAUCACCCAGGACCCAGAAGCCCAGCCUUCGCCCCCAUGGAGCCCUGCCGGUCCCUGGCCCUGCUCACUAGCUCCCUGGGCCUGGUGUCUCUCUUGGUGGCUCUGAGCACGAAUUUCUGGUUUGUGGCCGAGGGGCCCAACUCCUUGUCUCACUCGGGCCUCUGGCCAAGGGGGGAUCAGGGCUCAGUAAAAGGCUAUAUCCACGUGACACAGAGCUUCUGCAUUCUGGCUGCCCUUUGGGGCCUGAUCUCUGUGAGCUUUCUGGUCAUGUCCUGCAUCCCUUCACUGUCUGCCCCUGGACGCGGCCCCAUCGUCUCGACCUUCAUAGCCUUUGCCGCAGGUAAGGACUCUGGGCUGCGCUUGGGGCGCUGGGACCUGGUGAGUUUCUGCGGAGGGGCUGAGCCAUCUCUCUUGUCUCCGUCCCCAGCCCUCUCCCUGAUAGUGGCCAUGUUGGUCUACACUGUCGAGCGGUGGAAGCAGCCUGGACACCCCCAGAUCCAGUCCUCCUUCUCCUGGUCCUUCUACCUGGGCUGGGUUUCAACUGCCCUCUUUCUCUGUGCAGGUGACUGCUGCCCUGGGGAGUUCCAGGGGUGGAUAGGGGCCCAGCUGGGGGCUCUGAGGGAGCAGGGCAGGAGCAAGGGUCUAACUUCUCUCUGCCAACCCAGGUGGCCUGAGUCUGGGAGCUCACUACGGGGCCCACCGGCCUGGCUAUGAGGCCAUGUGAACCACAGGAUGGCUUUGGCACUCCAUUCUCUGAAGGCAUCAUCAGGAACCAUGAAAAUAGCUGGCUCUCCUUCCUGCCCUGACUCCCAGCAUCUGCAAGCUCUUUCCUUUGUGUCUUCAUUCAUUCAACAAAAAUUUGCUGGGAUCUGGUUAUUCCGAGGUUAAUGCUGCCACAACAAAA